AUGCGUGAAAAACCUCAAGCUAUGAAAGCCCAUUUGGCUAACCAUUGCGCAUCUUGUCCUGAAGACAUUAGCACAUAUUGGCAUAAGAAAUUAACUGAAAAAAUUAACCAAUAUACUCGACGUCUUUUAGAUACUGAAGUUGCCCGAGUAACCAACACAAUUUAUAGUGAACUUAAACAUUGCGACAAUCUUACCUUAA